AAUUCACAGCUCGCUUCAUCCUUUCUCUCCCUCUCUCUCUUUCUUCCUUUCAUUUAUAUACACAUAUGUCCGAACUCCGAAGGACGACGACUAGUCUCCAUUGGUAAGGAAACUGUAAAAUCAAAUCAUAUAUACUACGUCGAAACAAAAUAUCAUGGACCUCAAUAGCAACCCAUUUCUCAACUGCGGAGAUGAUCAUCAUGAACAUGUUUAUCCAGCCGGGAGUUCCAAUAAUGGGAAACCAAUGGUCAAGGAGAUGGACUUCUUUGCCGCCGACAAUAAUUCUUCCAAGAAAGAUCGUGUAGAUGAUGGGCUGGUGCAUGGUUUGGAACUUAACACUGGUAGCGUCAAAUCAAAUGUGGACAUUGAUGGAACAUCAGACAACACUGGACGUAACAAGCGAAAAGUAAAAGAGUUGAUCAUACAUGCUCAGGCUGAAUUGAACCAGAUGCAUGUGGAAAAUGAACGCUUAACAGAUAUGAUUAAUCAGGUGAAUAACAACUACAAUGUCCUGAAAACGAAUCUUGACACACUGAUCCAGCACCGUCAGAUUCGAAACGUCAAUACCGAAAAACAUGAUCAUGAGAUGAUUAAUGGAGCAGCCAAGGAGAAAGAGCAUGUGUGUAAGACACAAAAUAUACAGUUGGAUCUGGAUAAGAGUGAUGUCGGGGAUAGUGCAACAACUGGGAGAGAGAAGAGCGAAGACCAAGCAAUUCCAGGGAGGGUUCCUAACAAAGUCCCUAAAUUUGGUGCUUCCAAGGAUUUCGAUCAGCAGUCGGAAACGAUUUCGGAGUUGAUCAGAAAAGCUCGAGUAUCAGUUCGAGCCCGAUCAGACGCAUACAUGAUUUCUGACGGAUGCCAUUGGAGAAAGUAUGGGCAGAAGAUGGCAAAAAGAAACCCAUUUCCUCGAGCUUAUUAUCGUUGCACCAUGGGAUCUAGUUGCCCGGUUCGCAAACAAAUACAAAGGUGUGCAGAAGAUCAGUCAAUCCUCAUAACCACAUAUGAAGGUCGUCAUAACCAUCAGCUCCCUCCAGCCGCCGAGGCAAUGGUUUCCACCACAUCAGCAGCCGCAUCAAUGCUGCUUUCAGGACCAUUGCCUAGUUCAGAUGCGCUAAUCAUGAAUUCAAACAUAUUAGCAAGAAAUGCACUUUCUAGCUCACUAAACUUCGCUACACUUUCAACAGCCGCUCCAUUUCCUACUGUUACAAUCGACCUCACUGAUCACUCUGAUCAUAAGUCCUCUCAGUUCCACAGCCAAUCAAACUAUUUUGGUCUUCAUGUCUCUCAGGGAAUGGAUCUUCCUCUCUUAGCACCCAACGCCGAUGCAGUCAGUUCAGCGACAGCUGCCAUCACAGCAAACCCUCACAUCACUGCUGCACUAGCGGCGGCCAUUGCCUCUGUCAUUGACAAUGUUCGUUCAAACCAUAGUAGUAAAAGUCAUACUGCUACAAGAAACAGCAGUGACAACAAUGCGUGAAGCUCACACCUUUGCUUUAAUAAUAUUUGAAUUUUGAAGCCCUUCAUCGAUCUCAAGCUUACAUUUAUUUGGUUGUUUUUAAGAUAAUAGGUGUUUAGUUGGCUUAAUUUGUACUUAUAUAUUGAUUGUUUCAUUAUGCAGACUGUAUGGUAUCCUAAUAGACGGUACUUAUCGUGUGUACGUAGCUUAUCUUGUAUCAUUUGAGUUGUAAAAUUGUAGAGCUAUAUAACUCUUCAAUGAAACACCUGGUUAGGUGUUUCACACAGGAUUAAACAUAUUGAGAUCGCUUUCUACUUCA